AUGAAAGCCUUUGAGCUGAUGGGAGGGAUGGUCCUCCUCAUCUCUGUAAUUCCAUCCUGCGCUGGACAAAACCCGGUGACUGUUCUGUGCUCCAUAGACUGGUUCAUGGUCACUGUACACCCCUUCAUGUUAAACAGUGACGUGUAUGUGCACUUCAGUGAGUUACAUUUGGGCCGGGGUUGCCCCGCCAAUCAUGUUCAGCCACAUGCCUGUCAGUUCACCUACCGCGUCAUUGAAUGUGGCAUCAAGGCCAAGGUCAUCUCUCAGAAUAUGGUUAUCUACAGCACUGAGAUGCACUAUGCUUCCAAGGGCACGUCGUCAAAAUACAUGAUCCCAGUGUCAUGUGUGGCUCCCCAGCAUUCACCGUGGCUCACUACGUCCUGCCCUGUGUGUGUAACCAGCAGGAAUGGGGCCACAACCCAAGACGAUGAGACAUCCUGUAAGAUGCUUGAAUUGUCACAGUCCAGCCAAAGGCCCGUCUGUGAUUGUUCACCUUCUGUCUUCAGUGAAGAGGAGGGCACCCAGGCUGAACGUCACCAAACAGUGGCUCAGGAGGCCAACCUUGAGCAGUCACCUUACUUUGUUGAUAUUUCUGAGGAUUGGCCUCUUUGCUCAGAUGAUCUGAUUGAGUCCAUGUAA